GAUAUCUUUAGUUCGAGACGGAUCGAAAGGCGCGCGUGCGCGGAACAGUUGACAAAAAGUGAAGUAUAUAUGCUGCCCCAAAGUUAAUCCACGUCCUUACCAGCAGCUGGCCCCCAGUUUACCCCUUUGUGCCUGUGUGUGUGUGUCGCCGUUGCAAAUUUUUAUAAGUGAAAAAUUCCAACAACGUUGCUGCUGCAGCUACAAGCCAUAUACAAGAGCGAAAAAUGAGGCAAAACACGUUUUGCUGAAGGAAAAAAUACAAAAAAAUAAAUAUGCUGCGUACGUGUGUGUGUGUGCCCCCGUGCGUGUAACAGUGUGUGUGCCGCCAUCUCCGUGAGUGUGUGUGUGAGAGCCCACCAACACCAAAAUGCAUGUAAAAAUGUGAAGAAAAAUGGUGACAGACGUAAAAUCGAUUAACCAUCAAAAGUGAUUCAAAAUGAAGAGUUCUGAGAUGCAUUCAGAGUGUGAGCAACAAGACACGGCAAAUGAGAAUAGUGCAACGUAAAUUUAGAACAAACAUUAGAAACAGCCUCCCAUCCGCUCCGAAGAUGGAGAGGCUACUGCUCCUGUUUUUCCUGCUCCUGGCCAGGGAAUCCUUGGGCCAAACAGGUGACACCAAACUGGAGCUACUGGCACCGCGUGGCCGGAGCUAUGCCACCACCUAUGAACAAUAUGCCGCCUUCCCGCGAAGGAGGAGCUCCUCAUCCUCGCCAGCGGGUGAGAUGCAAUCCCGUGCCGUGGACACCAGUGCCGACUUCGAGGUGCUCGAGGGUCAGCCGCGUGGAACCUCGGUUGGCUUUAUACCCACAAAGCCAAAGUUCUCCUAUCGCUUCAAUGAGCCUCCUCGGGAAUUUACACUCGAUCCGGUGACGGGUGAGGUGAAGACCAAUGUGGUGCUCGAUCGGGAGGGGAUGCGGGAUCACUACGACUUGGUGGUGCUCUCGUCGCAGCCCACUUACCCCAUAGAGGUGCGGAUCAAGGUUUUGGAUGUCAACGACAACUCUCCGGAGUUUCCCGAACCGAGCAUCGCUAUUUCCUUCUCGGAAAGUGCCACCUCCGGUACUCGAUUGCUCCUCGAUGCCGCCACUGAUGCGGAUGUUGGGGAAAACGGAGUCACCGAUCAGUACGAGAUUGUAGCCGGAAAUGUGGACAACAAGUUCCGGCUGGCCACCACUGCUAAUCCCAGUGGGGAUACCUCUUACCUGCAUCUGGAAACCACCGGUAAUCUUGACCGCGAGUCACGUGGCAGCUACCAGCUGAACAUCUCAGCCAAAGACGGAGGAUCUCCACCGCGUUUCGGUUUCCUGCAGGUGAAUGUCACCAUCCUGGAUGUCAACGACAACCCACCGAUCUUUGAUCACAGCGAUUACAAUGUUUCUCUAAACGAAACGGCACUACCUGGAACUCCAGUGGUGACUGUCAUGGCUUCUGACAAUGAUUUGGGGGACAAUAGCAAGAUCACCUACUAUCUGGCCGAGACGGAGCACCAAUUCACAGUGAAUCCGGAGACAGGCGUCAUCUCCACCACUGAGCGAGUGAAUUGCCCUCAGCAGACUAAUGUGAAGAGCUCAUCCAGCCAGAAAAGCUGCGUCUUUACAGUGUUCGCCCGGGAUCAUGGAUCUCCCAGGCAGGAUGGACGCACCUAUGUGACUGUCAACCUGCUGGACACCAACGAUCACGAUCCCAUCAUCAGUUUUCGCUUCUUUCCCGACGGCGGAAAAGUGGCCACCGUGGAUGAGAAUGCCGUGAAUGGAACUGUGGUAGCAGCCGUAGGUGUUCAAGAUUCCGAUUCCGGUCUGAAUGGCAAGACAGCGGUGCGAAUUGUUUCUGGUAAUGAGUUGGGUCACUUCCGUCUCGAGGAGGCUGCCGACUUGCAUAUAGUGAGGGUUAAUGGUGUGUUGGAUCGCGAGGAGAUCGGAAAAUAUAACCUGACGGUGGUAGCAAUGGAUCAGGGAACUCCGGCGAGGACAACGACAGCCCACCUGAUCAUAGACGUUAACGAUGUGAAUGAUCAUGAGCCGGUGUUUGAAAAGUCGGAGUAUUCGGCGGUGCUGACUGAACUGGCACCCACGGGAAGCUUUGUGGCCUCGAUCACGGCCACGGAUGAGGACACUGGGGUCAAUGCACAAGUGCACUACGAUAUACUCUCGGGCAACGAGCUUAAGUGGUUCUCCAUGGAUCCCUUGACAGGCCUGAUUGUGACGGCGGGACCGCUUGACAGAGAAAUCCGCGACACCAUAGAACUGAGUAUUUCGGCGCGGGAUGGAGGACCGAACCCCAAGUUUGCUUACACCCAACUGAAGGUGACUAUUCUGGACGAGAACGAUGAGGCCCCGCAGUUCAGCCAGAGGGAGCAAAAUGUUACCCUUGGCGAGGAUGCUCCACCGCAAACGAUUGUCGCUCUGAUGACGGCCACUGAUCAUGAUCAGGGCACCAACGGUUCGGUGACCUUUGUCCUGGCGCCCAGCGUGGAGCGCCUGUAUCCGCGACAGUUUGCCCUCGAUGCGUUAACGGGCCAAUUAACGACGCGAAGGCCUCUGGAUCGUGAGAAAAUGUCGCGCUACGAGAUCCCUGUGAUUGCCCGCGAUCAGGGAGCACCCACGCCCCGAUCGGCCACUGCCACCGUUUGGCUGAAUGUGGCCGAUGCCAACGAUAACGAUCCCCAGUUUUAUCCCAGGCACUACAUCUACACGCUCAGCGAUGAUGAUAUCAAGCCCAAGGAGGAGGUGGAGGAGAAGACGCUGUUCCAUGUCACGGCCUCAGAUGAAGACGAUGGCGAUAAUGCCUUAAUUGAGUACCGACUCGAGUCAGGUGGCGAAGGUCUAUUUCAGCUGGACGCGAGAUCGGGUGCCAUUAGUCUGCGUGGCGGUGCAGCCACUUCGGUGCACGUGAAGCCCCACUACAAACUCAAAGUCUCGGCACGUGAUGCUGGGCAGCGGAGGAGCCAACAGGAUGCCAUCGUCGAAAUUGUGCUCAAGUCCAAGUCGGAGAUGCUUGAAUGCGGUCAGGGGCAAGGUGGUUAUGAGUUCCAGAUGGUCGAGGAUCACGAGCAGCGGAAGAACAGCCAACCGAACCGCGAGGUGGGGGUCGUGCAGGUAAAGGGCACGAAUGGCAAGCCAAACCCAUCCAUCGAGUACAAUAUUAUCCAAGGCGACAGGGCUCAGAAUUUCCAAAUCGAUCCCAGGAGUGGUCGCAUCACUACCUUCCGAUCCUUAGACCGCGAGGAGCAGGCCCACUAUCGAUUGACCGUCUUGGCCAGUUCGACGCCCAGCUCGAUCUCCUCCAUUGUUUCAUUUGGCCAGUGCACUGUGAAUAUCGCCAUAAUAGAUCUAAAUGACAAUGCUCCAGUUUUCGCCUUGGACCGCGACUCAGACCCGACGAUCUGGCUGCCGGAGAACGCGGCCGUGGGCCAGGAGGUCUACCUUUCCAGAGUGCGGGAUCGGGAUGCUGGUGUAAACAGUAGAAUCAGUUAUAGCCUCACGAACAAUCCCGACCAGCAGUUCCGCAUCGGGCCACUCACAGGAGUUCUCUAUCUUCAGAGGCCCAUUAGAGCUGAACCCGGAACGGUGAUCCACGUGGAGCUAAUGGCCACGGAUGCCGGAAGUCCCCCGCUCUCCAGUAAGUUGAGUCUUUCGGUGUUCAUAGCCGAUGUCAAUGAUCACACCCCGGUUUUCGAUCACACCUCCUACGAGACUUCGUUGCCUGAAACCACUAAAGUAAACACCCGAUUCUUCGCCCUGGCCGCCACGGAUAUUGAUUUGGGCGAUAAUGGCCGGAUCUCGUACGAGAUCAUCGAGGGAAACACCGAUCGAAUGUUCGGGGUGUUUCCCGAUGGUUUUCUGUUUGUGAGAGCUCCAUUGGAUCGCGAGGAGCGGGAUUACUAUGCUCUAACAGUUUCAUGCCGAGAUGCCGGUCAGCCAUCCCGAUCUUCGGUUGUUCCUGUGGUGAUCCACGUGAUCGAUGAAAACGACAAUGCCCCCCAGUUUACCAACAGCACAUUUACGUUUAGUAUUCCGGAAAACGCUCCUGCCGAUACGUUUGUGGGAAAGCUUACUGCCGUGGAUCGCGAUAUUGGGCGGAAUGCGGAGCUUAGUUUCACUUUGACCAGUCAGACGAAUGACUUUACGAUAGAUACCAGGAAUGGUUUCAUCAAGACCCUACGCCCUUUCGACCGUGAGGCUCUGGUGAAAGUUAGCAGGAACACAGAGGCCAACGGAGAAGAGGGCAUGCCUCGGGGAUCCUUGGCAGGAAACUUUAUGCUCCUGGAGGCCACUGUUUCGGACAAUGGCACUCCUCGUUUGCAGGACAAAGUUAAGGUAAAGGUGAUCGUCACAGAUGUCAACGAUAAUGCCCCGGAGUUCCUAAGAGCUCCCUACCACGUAACCAUCUCUGAGGGCGCCUCUGAAGGAACGCAUAUAACACACGUCUUCACCCAAGAUGCGGAUGAAGGUCUCAACGGAGACGUCUACUACACAUUGGCCAAGGGAAACGAGGCGGGUCAGUUUAAUCUGGACAGUGCCACAGGUCAGCUUUCGUUAGCCCGGAGCUUGGACCGAGAAUCCCAGGAGGUACACCACUUGAUCGUCGUUGCCCGGGAUGCUGCACUAAAGCAUCCUCUGAGCUCUAAUGCCAGCAUUACAAUUGUGGUCCUGGACGAGAACGACAAUGCCCCGGAGUUUACUCAAUCAAGCAGUGAAGUAUCCGUUCUGGAGACAAGUCCCACGGGCACGGAACUAAUGAGAUUUAGGGCUAGCGAUGCGGAUCAGGGUGUCAAUAGCCAAGUGGUGUUCAGUAUUUCGGCAGGCAAUCGCCGAGACACCUUUCAUAUCGAUAGUAUUACGGGAAGCCUCUAUCUCCACAAGCCCUUGGACUACGAGGACAUAACCAGCUAUACUCUGAACAUCACAGCCUCAGAUUGCGGCACUCCAUCGCUCUCCACCACUGUCUUGUACAACGUCCUCGUGGUGGAUGACAAUGACAAUCCUCCCAUUUUCCCCAGCACUGCCAUCGUUAGACAGAUCAAGGAGGGCAUUCCCCUCAAGACGCCCAUCGUCACCGUGACUGCGGAUGACCCGGAUUCGGGACUUAAUGGCAAGGUGAGUUAUGCCAUUAGCAAGCAGGAGCCCCAACUUCCACAAGGACGACACUUUGGAAUAAACACGGAGACGGGUGUGAUUCAUACGCUGAGGGAGAUAGAUCGUGAAUCUAUCGACACUUUCCGGCUAACAGUGGUAGCUACGGAUCGAGCUCAACCGUCGGAACGACAGCUCUCCACGGAGAAACUGGUCACCGUGAUUGUGGAGGACAUUAACGACAACGCGCCCAUAUUCGUGUCCAUGAAUGCGGCCAUCCUUCCACCUAGGAUUCCCUCUUCCAAGAGCAGCAGCACAACGGUCAUGCAAGUCCAUGCCAAGGAUGCGGACUCGUCGAGCAAUGGACUGGUCACCUACGAAAUAGUCAGUGGGCAACAGGAGCUUUUCCGCCUGCAAAGAAACACGGGAAUUAUAACUUUUACCCCGGGAGCUCAGCUCAAACCGGAGGUUCGCUACCAGCUGACGUUGAAGGCCACCGAUGAGGCGGUCCAAAGCGAGCGUCGCAGCAGCGAGGUCUACAUCACAAUCAUAACGCCCGGUUCUAGUGGAAGUGAAUCAUCCGUGCCGCAGUUUGAACAACGAAAUAUGCUCUCGGGCUCCGUGUACGAGAACGAACCAAUUGGAACUAGUAUCCUGACGGUGAAUGCUCAUCUGGCAGGUGCCGAAAUAGAAUACUUUGUGACCAAUGUCACAGCAGGUGGAUCGCACGGUCAGGUGGACCGCCUCUUCGACAUCGACGCCAAGCUGGGAAUCCUCUCCACAGCCGCAGAACUAGACCGGGAAGCCGGUCCCGACGAAUACGAAGUGGAGGUCUACGCCAUUGCUCUCGGAGGACAGCCCCGCACAUCCCGAACGAAGGUCAGAGUAACAGUUCUCGACAAGAAUGAUAGUCCCCCGCAGUUCCUCGACACUCCGUUCGUCUAUAAUGUCAGCGAGGACCUGGAGAUUGGACACACCAUCUCCACUCUGCUGGCCCAUGAUCCGGAUACCAUCGGGUCGGUGACAUUCCUUCUGAUGGAUGGCCACGAUGGCAAGUUCAUGCUGGAGCCCACAAGCGGAAGACUUAUUCUCAAUGACACCCUCGAUCGAGAGACGAAGAGCAAGUACGAGCUACGGAUUCGCGUUUCCGAUGGAGUGCAGUACACGGAGGCAUACGCCACCAUCCAGGUGAGCGAUACCAACGACAACCCGCCCAUGUUCGAGGAUACCGUGUACUCCUUUGAUAUACCGGAGAAUGCGCAGCGCGGCUACCAAGUGGGUCAGAUUGUGGCGAAGGAUGCUGAUCUGGGCCAGAACGCCCAGCUAUCCUACGGAGUGGUCUCGGACUGGGCAAACGACGUCUUCAGCCUGAACCCGCAAACAGGAAUGCUGACCUUGACCGCUCGACUGGAUUACGAAGAGGUUCAGCACUACAUCCUGAUCGUUCAGGCCCAGGAUAAUGGGCAACCCAGUCUCUCCACCACUAUUACGGUCUACUGCAACGUGCUUGACCUGAACGACAAUGCUCCUAUUUUCGAUCCCAUGAGCUAUUCGAGCGAGGUGUUCGAGAAUGUGCCCAUCGGCAAGGAGGUUGUCACAGUGUCAGCCAAGGAUAUAGAUUCGGGCAACAACGGGCUCAUUGAGUACAGCAUCACCGCAGGCGAUGCCGACUCGGAGUUCGGCAUCGACAGUAAUGGCACAAUCCGCACUCGCCGAAACUUGGACAGGGAACACCGAUCGGCUUACACUCUUACGGUCACAGCCCGAGAUUGCGCUGAUGAGUUCGCAUCCUUCAGCGAGCUGGAGGAGACGCAGCUGAAGCUGAAGUACCGAUCCCCCAGACGAUAUCAGCAGAAUCAGCAGGAGUUUUUAGCCCAUCAAAAACAGCAGCGACUUUCCUCGACUGUGAAGGUGACGAUACUCAUCAAAGAUGUCAACGACGAAGUGCCCGUCUUCGUUUCCGCAAACGAAACGGCGAUAAUGGAGAACGUGGCCAUCAACACGGUCGUUAUCGCUGUCAAAGCUGUCGACAAUGACGAGGGCCGAAAUGGAUACAUCGAAUAUCUCAUGGAGGAGGCCGAAGUCGAGGACAUGGGUCAGUCUGAGCCGCUGCCCAUACCCUUCUCCCUGAAUCCCACCGAUGGACAACUGCGCGUCGUUGACGCACUGGAUCGCGAGUUGCGUUCAAGUUAUCUGCUAAAUAUCACAGCUCGGGAUCGCGGAGAACCACCUCAGUCCACGGAGACGCAGUUGCUCAUCCGGAUUCUGGACGAAAACGACAAUAGUCCCGUUUUUGAUCCCAAGCAGUACUCUGCCUCCGUAGCCGAAAACGCCAGUAUUGGGGCCAUGGUCCUGCAAGUGUCCGCCACUGACGUGGACGAAGGAGCCAACGGCCGCAUCCGUUACUCCAUAGUGUUGGGGGAUCAAAACCAUGACUUUAGCAUCAGCGAGGAUACGGGAGUGGUUCGGGUGGCCAAGAACUUGAACUACGAACGACUUUCCCGCUACUCACUUACAGUUCGCGCAGAAGACUGCGCCUUGGAGAAUCCUGCCGGCGACACGGCUGAACUGACCAUCAACAUCCUGGAUAUAAACGAUAAUAGACCCACGUUUUUGGACUCCCCUUACCUGGCACGUGUCAUGGAGAACACGGUGCCGCCGAAUGGAGGAUACGUGCUCACUGUGAACGCCUACGAUGCAGACACACCUCCUCUGAAUUCCCAGGUGCGAUAUUUCCUCAAGGAAGGCGACAGUGAUCUCUUCCGCAUCAAUGCAUCCUCCGGCGAUAUCGCUUUGCUGAAGCCACUGGAUCGCGAGCAGCAGAAUGAGUACACUCUGACUUUAGUAGCCAUGGACACGGGAUCGCCUCCACUCACUGGCACAGGAAUCGUGCGAGUAGAGGUUCAGGACAUCAAUGACAAUGAUCCGGUAUUCGAACUGCAGUCCUACCACGCCACUGUUCGCGAGAAUUCCCCACCGGGCACCCUUGUCCUGCGACCAAGGGCCACCGAUAAGGAUGAAGGAGUAAACGCCAAGCUUCGAUUUAACUUGCUCGGCGAGUUCAUGAAUCGGUUUUACAUCGACUCGGAAACGGGGGAGAUAACUACAGCCACUACUCUGGAUCGUGAGGAGACAGCCGUGUAUCACUUGACCUUGAUGGCCCAGGAUAGCUCCGUUACCGAGCCUCGUGCAUCGUCCGUAAAUCUGACAAUCAGUGUGUUCGAUGUAAAUGACAACGUUCCCAAAUUUGACUCUGCCUCAUACAACGUAGCAGUUCCUGACAGGAUCAGCACGGGUGAGUUUGUGUUUGGAGCCCGAGCCUUGGACUUGGAUGAAGGCGAGAAUGCGGUGGUUCAGUACAGCAUCAGUGGGCGAGAUCAGCACUACUUCAAUAUUAACAUCAAAACGGGAGUGGUGAGCACAAAGCUGGAGCUGAAGAGUAAUACUAAGCCUCCUAGUGAUUUGACUUAUACAAUUAUAAUUUCUGCCGUGGAUCAGGGCGAGAGCCCUUUAAGUUCCAAGGCAGAGCUUACGGUGAUUCUGCGACCCCCGGAGCUCUUUCCCUCCUUUGCCUACAUGGCUAACAGUCACUUCACCAUGUCCGAGGAUGUAAGGCCGGGCAAAAUAAUAACCAAGGUCAGUGCCACAUCGCCGAAGAAAGGAUUGUCGGGUAAAGUGCGCUAUGCCAUAGCUGGCGGAAACAUGGGAGAAUCUUUGGUAGUGGAUAAGGAUAGCGGAGUCUUAAGCGUGGGGCAGGAUGGAUUGGACUAUGAGUUGACACACCUCUACGAGAUCUGGGUGGAGGCAGCCGAUGGAGACACGCCGAGUCUGCGGAGCGUCACUCUGAUAACAGUCAACGUAACGGACGCCAAUGACAAUGCGCCCAUCAUGGAGCAACUCAUCUACAAUGCCGAAGUUCUGGAGGAGGAGUCACCACCUCAGCUCAUAGCUGUGAUUAAAGCCAGCGAUCGAGAUUCCGGCGAUAAUGGCAGGGUCGUCUAUCGCUUACAGAAUGACUUUGAUGGCACCUUUGAGAUUAUGGAAUCGGGCGAGAUUUAUACCACGAUGCGUCUUGAUCGUGAGGAAAUCGGAGAUUAUGCUUUCGUUGUAGAAGCCGUGGACCAGGGUGUGCCCCAUUUGACUGGAACUGCCAGUGUGCUCCUCCACCUCUUGGACAAAAAUGAUAAUCCGCCCAAGUUUACGCGCUUGUUCUCCCUUAACGUAACGGAAAAUGCUGAGAUCGGUAGCUUUGUGAUACGAGUGACGUCUUCUGAUCUGGACAUGGGUGCCAAUGCGAAUGCCUCCUAUUCUUUCAGCGAGAAUCCUGGCGAGAAGUUCCGCAUCGAGUCCCAGAGUGGAAACAUCACAGUGGCUGGUCACCUGGAUCGUGAGCAGCAGGAUGAGUACGUUCUAAAGGUGGUGGCUUCAGAUGGAGCCUGGCGAGCCGAGACACCCAUAACCAUCACCAUCCAGGACCAGAACGACAACGCUCCCGAAUUCGAGCAUAGCUUCUACAGCUUUAGCUUCCCGGAGCUGCAGCAGCCGAUCGCGUUGGUGGGUCAGAUUAUAGCCACGGAUCGCGAUAAACAGGGACCCAACUCGGUGAUCUCCUACUCCCUGCAGCAGCCGUCGCCCAUGUUCAGUAUAGAUCCGGCAACGGGUGAGGUCUUCAGCAAGAAGGCGGUUCGCUUUAAACACUCUCAGUAUGUCCGCUCCCCGGAAAACAUGUACUCUCUCACUAUUUUGGCAACGGAUAAUGGCAAGCCACCUCUAUACUCCGAAUGCCUGGUGAACAUCAACAUUGUCGAUGCCCACAACAAUCCCCCGAAGUUCGAGCAGGAGGAGUAUCUGGCGCCACUUCCAGAGGAUGCAGUUCGUGGCCAGCGAAUAGUUCGCGUGCACGCAAAUGACAAACAAGAUUUGGGCACCAACGAAAUGGACUACUCCCUUGUGACCACCAACCUGAGUUCGUUCUUCAAAAUUGGUAGACAUGACGGAUGGAUCACUCUGGUCAAACCGCUUCAUGUACCGCCCAACUCUCGGUAUGAAUUGGUGGUAAGGGCCACGGAUCGAGGUGUUCCUCCCCAAUCAGAUGAGACGCACGUCAUUAUUGUGGUAACCGGAGAGAAUCUAGACACACCGAGGUUCUCGGUGAACAGCUACCAGGUGAUUGUGCCAGAAAAUGAGCCCGUUGGUUCCACCAUCCUAACAGUUGGUGCCACCGACGAUGAUGUCGGGCCAAAUGGCAUGCUCCGAUAUGCAAUAUCCGGCGGAAAUGAGCGCCACGACUUCAGUGUGGACGAACGCACUGGUGGCAUAGUGAUCCAACAGCAACUGGACUACGAUCUUAUACAGGAGUACCAUCUGAAUAUCACAGUUCAAGAUCUUGGCUACCAACCACUGUCCGCCGUUGCGAUGCUUACCAUUAUCUUGACGGAUGUGAAUGACAAUCCACCUGUAUUCGACCAGAAGGAAUAUCAUGGCUAUAUACCUGAAAACAAGCCGGUCGGUACUUUUGUAUUCCAGGCUCAUGCCACGGAUAAGGACUCGCCGAAAAAUGCUAUUAUCCACUAUGCAUUCCUGCCCAGCGGGACGGAUAGGCACUUCUUCAUCAUGAACCAAAGCAAUGGCAGUAUUUCGUCAGCGGUUUCCUUUGAUUACGAGGAGAGACGCAUUUACUCUCUUCAGAUAAAGGCUAAAAACCCAGAUUCCAGCAUGGAGAGCUACGCCAAUCUCUACGUACAUGUCCUGGGUGUGAAUGAGUUCUACCCACAGUUCCUGCAACCCGUUUUUCACUUCGAUGUGUCAGAAACUUCUGCUGUGGGCACCAGAGUGGGUGCUGUUCAGGCCACAGAUAAAGACAGCGGAGAGGAUGGACGAGUUUACUACCUAUUAGUGGGAUCCAGCAACGACAGGGGCUUCCGAAUCGAUACGAACACAGGAUUGAUUUAUGUAGCCCGGCACUUGGACAGGGAGACUCAAAACCGCGUGGUUCUCACUGUGAUGGCCAAAAACUACGGCAGCAUUCGAGGCAAUGACACGGAUGAGGCCCAGGUUAUCAUCUCGAUUCAAGACGGAAACGAUCCUCCGGAGUUUAUUAAGCACUACUACACCUCGACUAUAUCCGAGGCAGCUCCAAUCGGCACAAAGGUCACAACGGUCAAGGCAGUCGACAAAGAUGUGCGACCGCAGAACAACCAGUUCAGCUACUCCAUCAUUAAUGGCAACAUGAAGCAGAGCUUUAAGAUAGAUGUGCAGACGGGUGAGAUUAGUACAGCAAGUCGCCUGGAUCGCGAAGAAAUUGCCACAUACAACUUGGUGAUCGGAGCUAUAGAUACUGGACUACCUCCACAAACGGGAAGUGCCACGGUCCACAUAGAACUGGAAGAUGUGAACGACAACGGGCCCACCUUUACGGCGGAAGGUCUAAAUGGAUAUAUCUCUGAGAAUGAGCCGCCUGGAACUUCCAUUAUGACCUUAAUAGCCAGCGAUCCGGAUCUACCGCGAAAUGGUGGACCCUUCACUUACCAGUUGACAGGUGGUAAGCACAAGUCCUGGCUUAGUGUGGAUAGGAACACGGGUCUGGUAAGGUCCACAACCAGUUUCGAUCGGGAGAUGACCCCCGUUCUGGAAGCACUAAUCGAAGUGGAGGACAGUGGAAAGCCGAAGCAGAAAUCCCAACACCUACUCACUAUCACGGUUUUGGACCAAAACGAUAAUCCUUCGACCACAAGGAGUUUGCAUAUAUAUGUGAGUUUGUUCAACGGCGAUCUGCCCUCGAAUGUGAAGUUGGCCGAUGUCCGACCCAACGAUAUCGAUAUUGUUGGCGAUUAUCGUUGCCGCCUUCAGAAGAAUCCUGGCCAAAGUCAGUUGCAGCUGGCUAUUCCACGAGCCUGUGACUUGGUUACGACCUCACAUACCACGCCAAUAGCUUCUGUACUCAGCUAUACGGGUAACGAUGGCAAGCAUGGGGAUGUUAGCUCCAAAGCCAGUGUGGUUUUCCACAGCUUUAACAAUGAAACCUUGGCUAAUUCAGUGGCUAUCAUGGUGAGGAAUAUGACAGCUAACCACUUCUUAGCUCAUCAUUAUCGACCAAUUCUGGAAACGAUUAGGUAUAGGAUGGGCAAUGAGGAUGAAGUUCUUUUGUACAAUCUGCUGGAGAGUGGUGGCAGCAACUCCACUAGUCUCCAAGUGCUAAUGGCAGUAAGAUCCGCCAACAGCAGUUAUCAUCAGCCUAAGAACUUAAUUAAACGCCUGCGGGAGAAGAGGUCUGAAUUUUCGGAACUCCUCCAGAAGGAGGUUAUCGUGGGCUAUGAACCUUGUAGUGAACCCGAUGUAUGUGAAAAUGGCGGACUUUGCAGUGCAACCAUUCGAGUGCUAGAUGCCCAUAACUUUGUCAUCCUAGACAGUCCUGGAUUGGUGCUAAGUGGACCUCGGAUUGUGCAUGAUUACAGCUGCCAGUGCACCAGUGGUUUCUCAGGAGAGCAGUGCAGCCGCAGGCAGGAUCCUUGCUUGCCAAAUCCUUGCCAUUUGCAAGUCCAAUGCCGUCGCUUGGGUAGCGAUUUCCAGUGCAUGUGUCCCACAAAUCGGGACGGAAAGUACUGCGAGAAGGAGCGCAGUGAUGUCUGCUACAGCAAGCCAUGUCGCAACGGAGGAAGUUGUCAGCGUAGUCCGGAUGGAUCCUCGUACUUUUGCCUGUGCCGUCAAGGAUUCCGUGGCAAUCAGUGCGAGAGCGUUUCCGACUCAUGUCGACCCAAUCCAUGUCUCCAUGGUGGAUUGUGCGUAAGUCUCAAGCCGGGUUACAAGUGCAACUGCACUCCGGGACGAUAUGGACGACACUGUGAACGCUUCAGCUAUGGAUUCCAACCCCUGUCCUACAUGACUUUUCCCGCUCUGGAUGUCACCACCAAUGACAUAUCCAUUGUGUUCGCAACCACGAAACCUAACUCCUUGUUGCUAUACAAUUACGGAAUGCAGAGUGGCGGUAGAUCUGACUUCCUGGCCAUCGAACUGGUGCAUGGCAAGGCGUAUUUCUCAUCUGGAGGAGCUCGAACUGCUAUCAGCACAGUGGUUGCUGGAAGAAAUCUGGCCGACGGAGGAUGGCACAAGGUGACGGCUACACGAAAUGGUCGCGUAAUGUCACUGAGCGUGUCAAAGUGCGCGGAGUCCGGAGACGUUUGCACGGAAUGCACGCCCGGAGACUCCAGUUGCUAUGCGGACGAAGUGGGUCCCGUGGGAACUCUCAACUUCAACAAACAGCCUCUGAUGAUCGGAGGCUUGUCCUCAGCUGAUCCUAUUUUGGAGCGCCCUGGCCAAGUUCACAGUGAUGAUCUCGUGGGUUGCCUGCACAGUGUGCACAUCGGAGGACGAGCAUUGAACUUGAGCUCCCCGCUCCAACAGCGGGGUAUAUUGCCAGGAUGCAACCGACAAGCCUGUCAACCAGCCUUGGCGGCCGAACGAUGUGGAGGAUUCGCUGGGCAAUGCAUUGACAGGUGGUCCAGUUCCCUUUGCGAGUGUGGUGGCCAUUUGCAGUCUCCUGAUUGCUCUGACUCUCUGGAACCCAUUACCAUAAGUGAAGGCGCCUUUGUGGAGUUCAGGAUAUCCGAGAUAUAUCGGCGUAUGCAGCUGCUGGAUAAUUUAUAUAACAGCAAGAGUGCCUGGUUGGACAACAAUCAGCUGAGGGAACGUCGAGCAGCUAGGAACUUCAGUACCGCUUCCCAGAUCUACGAGGCCCCGAAGAUGCUGAGCUUGCUGUUCCGCACUUAUAAGGAUCAAGGACAGAUCCUGUAUGCGGCCAGCAAUCAAAUGUUCACCUCCUUGUCCCUGCAAGAAGGUCGACUGGUAUACUACUCCAAACAGCACCUUUCCAUCAACAUGACGGUGCAGGAACCUUCAAUGCUAAACGACGGCAAAUGGCAUAAUGUGAGUUUGUUCAGCGAAAGUCGAAGCUUGAGGCUGAUGAUUGAUGGAAGACAAGUGGGUGAUGAACUCGAUAUAGCCGGAGUGCACGACUUCCUGGAUCCCUAUUUGACCUCCUUGAACGUGGGUGGAGAAGGCUUCGCUGGUUGCCUGGCCAAUGUGACAGUUAACAACGAACUGCAGCCGAUGAAUGGAUCAGGCAGCAUCUUUCCGGAGGUUCGAUAUCACGGCAAGAUUGAGUCCGGUUGCAGUGGAGACAUGGGUCAAGAUGCCGCCCAGGUUGCCGAUCCUCUAAGCAUUGGCAUUACCCUGGUCAUUGUAUUCUUUGUCAUUCUGGUAGUAGCCAUUUUGGGCUCGUAUGUAAUCUACCGAUUCCGAGGAAAGCAAGAAAAGAUCGGGAGCUUGAGUUGCGGUGUUCCAGGCUUUAAGAUUAAGCACCCUGGCGGCCCUGUGCCACAGAGUCAAGUGGAUCACGUCUUGGUUCGGAACCUUCAUCCCAGUGAAGCCCCUUCGCCACCAGUUGGACCAGGCGAUCAUAUGCGACCGCCAGUUGGUGGACAUCACUUAGUUGGUCCUGAGCUGCUGACCAAGAAGUUUAAGGAGCCCACCUCGGAGUUGCCUCAACCGCAGCAGCAGCAGCGUCCCCAGAGACCCGACAUCAUAGAACGUGAGAGUCCGUUGAUAAGAGAGGAUCACCACCUGCCAAUUCCGCCUCUACACCCACUCCCUAUCGAUCAUGCCGGCUCUGUCGACUUAGGGUCCGAGUACCCGGAGCACUACGACCUGGAGAAUGCCAGCUCAAUAGCACCCUCCGAUAUUGAUAUUGUAUAUCAUUAUAAGGGCUAUCGGGAGGCGGGUGGUCUGCGCAAGUACAAGGCCAGUGUUCCACCGGUAUCAGCCUAUACGCAUCACAAGCACCAGAGCUCUGGCUCCCAACAGCAGCAGCAGCAGCACCGUCAUGCUGCUCCGUUUGUGACCCGGAACCAAGGUGGCCAACCACCUCCUCCGCCAACCAGUGCAUCCCGCACCCAUCAGAGCACUCCGUUGGCCAGGCUAUCUCCGAGUUCGGAGCUGAGUUCCCAGCAGCCGCGCAUCCUCACUUUGCACGACAUUUCCGGAAAACCCCUACAAAGUGCUCUGCUAGCCACCACUUCAAGUUCCGGGGGCGUUGGCAAGGAUGUCCACAGCAACAGUGAACGCAGCUUAAAUAGCCCGGUAAUGUCGCAACUGUCGGGUCAAAGUUCCAGUGCCAGUAGGCAAAAGCCCGGAGUCCCACAGCAGCAGACCCCACAAUCGUCCAUGGGUCUGACUGCCGAGGAGAUUGAGAGGUUGAAUGCUAGACCUCGAACCUGCAGCCUGAUCUCCACCUUGGAUGCAGUUUCUUCUAGCAGUGAGGCCCCUCGUGUGCCGAGUAGUGCCCUCCAUAUGUCGCUCGGUGGCGAUGUGGAUGCCCAUAGCUCCACCUCCACUGACGAAAGUGGCAACGAUAGCUUCACGUGCUCAGAGAUUGAGUACGACAACAAUAGUCUAAGUGGCGACGGCAAGUACUCCACCAGCAAGAGUCUUCUGGAUGGACGUAGUCCCGUAUCCAGAGCCCUCAGCGGAGGCGAGACCAGCAGGAAUCCCCCUACAAGUGUGGUCAAGACCCCGCCCAUUCCGCCACAUGCCUACGACGGAUUCGAAUCGUCUUUUCGUGGGUCACUCAGCACGCUCGUGGCCAGCGAUGAUGAUAUAGCCAACCAUCUGAGCGGAAUCUACCGGAAGGCCAAUGGAGCGGCAUCCCCAUCGGCUACCACUCUGGGAUGGGAGUAUCUGCUUAACUGGGGCCCUAGCUAUGAAAACCUGAUGGGUGUCUUCAAGGAUAUCGCGGAACUUCCUGAUACAAAUGGAUCGCAGCCAUCCCAGCAACAGCAGCAAGCCCAAGUUGUAUCCACGCUGCGAAUGCCAUCAUCAAAUGGACCAACAGCUCCAGAGGAGUAUGUCUAAUAGGCCCUAAUUGCCAUUCUCAUACAAAUAUUCGGCGUCCACAUAAAUCUGAACGAAAGUCAAGUUGUUCCUAAAGCCUGAGAAAACUCAUUGCAAGAAAACUUCAAAGCACUGUCAAACUAAUCGUUCAAAAAAUCGCUGGAAAUUUCCCCCAUUCGAAAAUCAAGAGAUUUUCCGGUAGUACGUAAAUGUAAAUGUAAAUUUUGUGUAAAGUUGCAUCCUGUCUUAGUAGAUCUUAAGUAACGCCAUUUUAUUUUGCAAUGUACAACGAAAACGCAAGAAGGUUAGUUAGUAAGUUAAACAAACUGUAGUAUCGAGCAUAUUAAGGAUAAUAAGCACCUAAUCUUAUCUGAACGCCUUGUAUCAAGGUCAACCAUCCUGAAAGCACUUCCGUUAAGGGUUCAAAAGCAAAACUGUAACGACUGAUAUUUCCGUACAUUAACAUAUCCAGUAAUUUUGAAACAUUUCGAUUGCUGAUUAUUUCGAUUUCUGUACUUGUGUAAAUGCUUUCCGAGUGCUAUAUUAAGAUAGUUUCAGCAACAUAUGUAUUGAUUUUUAUCGCCAUUUAAGUACAUUCUAACAUUGUUCUAAUUUAUUGACAAUCUCGCCAACAUUCCCUAACUGCCUUAGCCGUACUUAUAGACAAUUAAUUUCAGAGAUACUUCGCAUUCCUCUAGAUAUAGACCUAAACUCCAUGUAUAUGUAUGUAAGCUUGUAUUUUUAAUUCAUAGUGAAAUGUUAUUAAAUACAUAUUAACCAUCAAAAACCCUUUUCUGUUUAUUAAAUCUAAAAACUGAUUGGUCUUUCAAGAAUUUCGACAUGCACCUGUUGAUCGUUUACUCCAACA